CUCAAUAUCAAACGGUCUCAAACUUUGAAUUUAAAUUCAUCUAGACCGUUCAAACCAAUCAUUCUCCACGGUUAGAUCACAUAUUCUUCUCUCUCAUCUACUUCUUUCUUCUUCAUCAUUCCAUAAUUCAAACUUCAACUUUCAUUUCCCUCUUUGUUCAUCUCACUUUAACCCUAAAAACUUCACUCAACUCAAUUUCUACAUUUUCUUCAUCAAAAUCGUUCAAUUACAUCAAAAUGCCUUUCUUAUCCGAGGCCGCAAGUGCAUUCAAGACUAGGUUCGGGUUCCAUAAUCAUCCAUCGGAACAACUUUCGCUGACUCAGAACACUCCAGAUCUUUUCAAAUCAGCGGUUAAAGAUAAUCUCGUUCAAAACUCUGUCGUUCGUACUAUUACCGAUUGGGACGAUGAUUGCGCUGUUGGACAAAGUAGCGCCGCGGUUUCAUCGAUUCAAAGCUUCGAAUUGUGCGAAGAUCCUUCUUUCUGGAAAGAUCAUAACGUGCAGGUUAUAAUUAGAAUGCGUCCGCUUAGCAAUAACGAGAUAUCCGUUCAAGGUAACAACAAGUGUGUUAGACAAGAGAGUUGUCAGACCAUUUCUUGGACUGGACCUCCGGAGGCACGGUUUACUUUUGAUCUGGUUGCAGAUGAGAACGUUAGCCAGGAGAACCUCUUUAAAGUAGCUGGUGUACCAAUGGUAGAUAACUGCAUGGAAGGCUAUAACAGCUGCAUGUUUGCUUAUGGUCAAACGGGAAGUGGGAAGACGCACACCAUGCUUGGUGACAUUGAAGGGGGAACUAGAAGACACAGUGUCAACUGUGGGAUGACACCAAGAAUAUUUGAGCACUUGUUUUCAAGAAUUCAGAAGGAAAAAGAGGUGCGUAGAGACGAGAAGUUAAAAUUCACAUGCAAAUGUUCUUUCUUGGAGAUAUACAAUGAACAGAUCCUUGAUCUGUUGGAUCCUUCAUCUAGCAAUCUGCAGAUAAGAGAAGACAGUAAGAAAGGUGUUUAUGUGGAAAAUCUCAAGGAAAUGGAAGUUACUAAUGCUAGAGAUGUUAUUCAAUUACUUGUUCAGGGUGCUGCAAACAGAAAGGUGGCUGCUACUAAUAUGAAUCGUGCUAGCAGCCGUUCUCAUAGUGUAUUUACUUGCAUCAUUGAGAGUCAAUGGGAUUCUCAAGGAGUUACUCACUUUCGAUUUGCUCGACUCAAUCUUGUUGAUUUGGCUGGUUCUGAGAGGCAGAAAAGCUCUGGUGCUGAGGGAGAACGCCUUAAGGAAGCUACUAAUAUCAACAAGUCUCUUUCAACGUUGGGGCUUGUGAUUAUGAACCUGGUAGGUAUAUCUAAUGGGAAGUCACACCAUGUUCCUUACCGUGACUCAAAGCUAACAUUUUUACUUCAGGAUUCUCUCGGAGGGAAUUCAAAAACUAUCAUAAUUGCAAAUAUAAGUCCCUCCAUUUGUUGUUCGCUUGAGACAUUAAGCACGCUGAAGUUCGCACAACGUGCUAAGUUUAUUAGGAACAAUGCCAUUGUAAAUGAGGAUGCAUCGGGAGAUGUCAUUGCAAUGAGACUUCAAAUUCAACAACUCAAGAAAGAAGUGUCCCGUUUGCGAUCUCUAGGUGGUGGAGGAGAAAUUCAGGAUAAUGGCACUUCAGUAAUUAGCUUUCCAGGUUCGCCAGUAUCAUCCUUCAAGUGGGAGAGUGCUCAAGGAUCAUUCAGUCCAUUAACUUCUGCUAAAAGGGUAUCUCAGAAUAAAGAUUAUGAAAUUGCCCUUGUUGGGGCCUUUAGAAGGGAAAAAGACAAAGAAAUAGCAUUGCAAGCACUGAGAGAAGAAAAUGAAGCGGCCAAGAAGCUGGUCAAACAAAGGGAAGAUGAGAUACAAGGUCUAAAGAUGAGGCUCAAAUUCCGAGAAGCUGAAAGAAGAAGGUUAGAAGCAGUUGCCUCUGGGAAGAUCUCAGCUGAGACACACUUGCUGCUUGAAAAAGAGGAACAUUUGAAGGAAAUUGAGGUCCUGCAGGCCAAGGUGGACCGAAGUCAAGAUGUAACUAGGUUUGCUUUGGAAAAUUUGCAGCUCUCAGAAGAAAUAAAAAGGUUGAAGUCAUUUUAUGAGGAAGGUGAACGGGAAAUAAUGAAUGGACAAAUCAUGGUACUCCAAAACAAGUUGUUAGAAGCAUUGGAUUGGAAAUUAAUGCACGAACCCGAUAUGAAAACAAAUGCUGACUCAAUGAUGGAGGACUUAAAUAGAGAUUGUGAUCUUAUUUCAAAACAGGAGCCUAGUCCAAAGUCACGUUGGCAGUCUUCUCUUCGAGAGGAAAAUGAGUUUCUUCGCAUCCAGGCUAUACAAAACCAUGCAGAAAUGGACACAAUUCUGAAGAAGUUAGAGGUUUGCCUUGAAGAGAAAGAAAAAUUGGAAAGGCAAGUUGAUGAUUUGAAAGCAAAAUUUGAACAAGAGAAAUCUCAACUAAGUGAAACAACAACUGAAGGAAGGGAGCAAAUUGACCCUCCAUCAAUUAACAUCAAUGGCCAAAUGGAAUUGAAGACAAUGGUUGAUGCUAUUGCUGCAGCUAGCCAUAGAGAAGCAGAGGCUCAUGAGACAGCAAUUAUCUUGUCAAGGGAGAUUGAAGAGCUAAAGGUGAAGCUUAGAGCCAUGAUUGAGGACAAUAGUAAAUUACUUGAGUUGUACGAACAGGCUGCUGCUGAAAAUAACAGAAAUAUUACUAAAUGGGAAAAUUCUCAAGAAAUUGUUUCAAAAGCUGCCUUGAAAAGAGAAGAGGAGGCUGCUUUGAAAAGAGUGAUUGAGGAUCUCCAACAUCAGCUCACGGAAAUCAAUGAAGAAAAAAGAGAAGAGGAGGCUGCUUUGAAAAGAGUGAUUGAGGAUUUCCAACAUCAGCUCACGGAAAUCAACGAAGAAAAUGAAAAAUUGAUGAGUUUGUAUGAAAGAGCCAUGCAGGAGAAGGACGAUCUUAAAAGAACUCUUUCAUGUUCUGGACAUGAAAGAGUUGAAACCCAAGGAGAAGAAUUGGACCGUGUGGAAAAGCUUGUUGAGGUUGACGAGGUGGAAAGAGACUCAAUAGUGGGGACUGCUUCAGAGAAAGUGCAGGAUAGAGGUGAUGGUAGAUAUGAUGACAAUCAUGCUACAUCUGGGUCUGAUAUAUUAUGCCUUCAGUCAGAUGGACAUGAAGAAGAAAAGCUUUUAAAGGUGGAGAAUGAGGGUGAUAAUCUAGUUAACACUGAAAUGGAGGUAUCGAAUUUCAAUGAGGAUUUAAACUAUGCUAAAGAAGAGACAGAGUUAUCUAGGUCUGAUUUAUGCCUUGAGUCAGAUGGACAUGCAGAAGAAACGCUUUUUAAGGAGGAGAAUGAGGUUGAUAUUCUGGGUAACACUGAAAAGGUUACUGAGGUAUCAAAUAUCAAUGAGGCAAAGUUAUCAAUGGAAUUAAACUAUGCUAAAGAAAAGCUUGAAAGGGUUGAUGAACAAAUCUUAGAUGCUGUUAGAACGCUUGGCUACGCUGAAAAAGAAAUUGUCCAGGUUGAUGAGCUCUCGAGAGAAAUUCAAGUGAUAGAACAUGAUAUUCAUGUCAAACGUCAACAGGUUACUGAGGUAUCAAAUAUCAAUGAGGCAAAGUUAUCAAUGGAAUUAAACUAUGCUAAAGAAAAGCUUGAAAGGGUUGAUGAACAAAUCUUAGAUGCUGUUAGAACGCUUGGCUACGCUGAAAAAGAAAUUGUCCAGGUUGAUGAGCUCUCGAGAGAAAUUCAAGUGAUAGAACAUGAUAUUCAUGUCAAACGUCAACAGUUUAAAUCCUCAAACCUUGAGCUUCAUGAAGCACAUAAUAGAAGAGCUCUAACUGAUAAAAAGUUAUCUGCACUCAAAUAUUCAUUAUCAAACUUUAUGAAGCACGGGUCAUUUUCUUAUUUUGAGCAACGGGAAGCAAAGGCAAGAGCAACGUUGAACGACUUGGCAUCCCAUCUUGACCGAAAGAAAGGGGAGUUGGCUGCUCUUCAAGCUACCAAACAGUUGCUGGAAAGUGAUAUAAAGAAGAACCGAGAAUCUGAAGCGGAGUUAACCAAGAAUAUUGCAUGCAUCAAAUCCAAAUUGGAGGAAGAGAAUCGCAAGCGUGAAGAUGGAAAGGUUCUCUUUGCUAUUGAUAACACACAUAACACAGAUUCCUCAGUGAAAAGUUGGCAAUUUAGCGGUAGAGCGUUUGAUUUACUCAAGUUAGAAGAAGAAAAAACUAAGCUGCAAGCAGAGAUGAAACUUUCUCAAGAAAAAUUCGGGGUUGUUAGAAAAGAACUGGGAAAUCUGAACAAGAAAGUAGCAAAUGUAGAAAGUCAGAUUCAAGCAGUUGGACUGGAAGUACAACAAAGUUUGAGAACCACAGAGGAAAAGGAACGUUCACUUCAACGUGUGACGAAUGAAAAAGAAAUGUUAUUGGAGUUCAGAGAUAACGGAAUGUUGGAAAUGGAGCACUUGAUCAUUGAUCUCCAUCAAUACGUGUUUGAAUAUGAUCUAAAGGAGGCUGAAACAAAGAUUCUAGGGGAAGAAUUGCAAUUCGAUUUUCUAAGAGCCGAAGAGUUGCAGACAAACAUGAUCGUAGCUGCAAACAGCAAUUUCUUAUCUUCCAUGUCUUGUGUAGGCACGUUUGAGAAGGUAGAGGAGCAAAUGAAAAAUCUAAGGACAUCUAUUCAGGAGACAAAAUUAUUGUUGGAAGGCAUUUCCCGUGCCACCUAAACUAUUUCUCUCUGUAACUUUUUCACUAUUUCUCACUCCACUUCUUAGUUAAAGCAUGUUGUUUGUAACAUUCAUUAUGGAUAUGCUUGAAAACAAACUGACCCCCUUUUUUCUAACUUGUGGCUUUUCUCCAA